AUGGCGGCAUCUUCUCCAAAUCCUUCCUCUUCCACUUUCCUCAACAAUCCUUUUACAUCUUCUUCUUAUUAUUCCUCUAAGCUUCUUUCCAGAACCUUCUUUCCUUUUCCACACACUCCAACAAUUAUUCCUCAUAAAUCUCUUACCAUCACCGUCGACGUUUCCACAACCCCAAAUGGUGCUCCAGUACCAUUAAUGGAGACGACAUUCAUUUCUCGAUUCCUCCCCGAUGAACCCCGAAAAGGAUGUGACAUCUUGGUUGAAGCCCUUGAGCGUGAAGGCGUUAACAGUGUAUUUGCUUAUCCAGGCGGUACUACUCUGGAAAUUCACCAGGCUCUUACCCGUUCUCCAACCAUAAGGAAUAUAUUGCCACGUCAUGAACAGGGGGGCGUUUUCGCAGCUGAAGGUUAUGCACGCGCCACCGGGUUCCCUGGUGUUUGUAUGGCUACCUCUGGCCCUGGAGCUACUAAUCUUAUUAGUGGUCUUGCUGAUGCUAUGGCUGAUAGUAUUCCAAUUGUUGCUAUUACAGGUCAAGUUCCUCGUAGAAUGAUUGGAACAGACGCAUUUCAAGAAAUUCCAAUUAUUGAGGUAACUAGAUCAAUUACCAAGCAUAAUUAUCUAGUCAUGGAUGUUCACGAUAUUCCCAGGAUUGUCCGAGAGGCGUUUUUCCUAGCUCGAUCAGGACGACCUGGACCGGUUUUAAUUGAUGUUCCUAAAGAUGUUCAACAACAAAUGGAUAUUCCUAAUUGGGAUCAGCCCAUGAAGUUGCCAGGUUAUAUGUCUAGACUCCCGUUACCACCAAAAAAGACGCUAUUGGAACAAAUUGUUAGAUUAAUUUCUGAGUCAAAGAAGCCUGUUUUGUAUGUUGGUGGAGGGUGCGUACAAUCCAGCAAUGAGUUAAGACGUUUUGUUCAGCUCACAGGUAUUCCUGUGGCGAGUACUUUGAUGGGAUUAGGAGCGUUUCCAACAGGGGAUGAGCUUUCGCUUCAAAUGCUAGGGAUGCAUGGUACUGUUUAUUCAAAUUACGCGGUGGAUAGUAGUGAUUUGCUUCUAGCAUUUGGAGUGAGGUUUGAUGAUCGUGUCACGGGUAAAUUAGAAACAUUUGCAAGCAGAGCAAAAAUUGUUCACAUUGAUAUCGACUCCACAGAGAUUGGUAAAAACAAGCAGCCUCAUGUAUCUAUUUGUACUGAUAUUAAGUUGGCGUUACAGGGGUUGAAUUCGAUAUUAAUGGAGAGGAGAAACGUGUUGAAGCUGAAUUUCUCGCCUUGGAGGAAAGAGUUAACAGAGCAAAAAUUGAAGUAUCCUUUGAAGUACAAUUUUUAUGGUGGAUCUAUUCCUCCACAAUAUGCAAUUGAAGUCCUUGAUGAGUUAACUAAUGGAAAUGCUAUUAUAACAAGUGGUGUAGGGCAACACCAAAUGUGGUCUGCUCAAUACUAUAAGUACAAAAAUCCAAUGCAGUGUUUGACAUCUGGUGGAUUCGGAGCGAUGGGAUUUGGAUUACCUGCUGCAAUAGGAGCAGCAAUAGCAAGACCAGAUGCAAUUGUUGUGGACAUCGAUGGGGAUGGUAGUUUCAUGAUGAAUGUGCAAGAGUUAGCAACAGUUAGAGUCGAGAAUCUUCCUGUUAAGAUGAUGAUUUUAAAUAAUCAACAUUUGGGAAUGGCGACACAGUGGGAGGAUAGGUUCUAUAAGGCGAAUAGAGCAGAUUCUUAUCUCGGAAAUCCUUCUAACAAGGCACGGAUUUUCCCUAACAUGUUGAAAUUCGCGGAGGCUUGUGAUAUACCUGCUGCCCGAGUGAUUCAUAAUAAUGAUGUUAGAGAUGCUAUACGAAAGAUGUUAGACACUCCUGGACCUUACUUGUUGGAUGUGAUUGUGUCUCAUCAGGAGCAUGUUUUGCCUAUGAUUCCCAGUGAUGGGGCUUUUAAGGAUGUUAUCACGGAGGGCGAUGGGAGAUGUUCCUACUGA